AUGGAUACCUCUAUGAGCAACCUCCCUCCGGGGGUGGGCGACCUUUUAUUUGCCAACUUUGUAAUCGUCCAGGUCAUAGCUAUGUUCUCGAUCGGAGCGUGGAACUCAUUGGAAGUUGUGAUCGGCAUAUUCGAGACGUUCAAACGGUAUCGUGGGCUAUACUUCUGGAGUAUGCAAAUUGCCGCCUGGGGAAUAUUGUUACAUGGCAUACCAGCUCAAAUUCGCUACCUGCAGAAAGCCCCUGCCCUUUCCAUGUCAGUCCCGUUUAUCGUGGGCUGGAUCUGCAUGGUGACCGGACAAGCGCUAGUGCUGUAUUCAAGACUGCACCUCGUUGUGGCCGACAUCCGCCAUGUACGAUGGGUACUAUGGAUGAUUAUAGCCAAUUUUUUCAUUCUCCACAUUCCCAUGGCAGUCCUCUUUUUUCUCAACGUUGAUGAUAUGCCGUUCAGCCGCGUAGCGGCAAUCUACGACCGUUUCCAGGCAACAGCAUUCGCCACCCAAGACACAAUAAUUUGUGCCAUCUACGUCCGCGAAGCACUCCGAGCGCUCAAACCCGUCUUCGAAUUCAAAGGCCCCCAAGGGCGCAGAAUCAUCUACCGAAUCCUCUUCGUUAAUAUCUUCGGGAUCCUGCUCAACGUAUGUAUCCUUGUCGCCGAAUACAAAUUCCACUACAUCGUCAUCAGCUUCAGGACAGUCGCCUACAGCAUCAAGCUGAAGCUCGAAUUCCACGCCCUCACGCAGCUCCGCGAUCUGACAUGCACUUACUCUUGCGCUUUAUGCCGAGGGGUUAGUGGCAACCCUCGCAGUUCAAGUGACAUCAAUCUCUUCGACAUGCUGGCCAAUAAUCCUCCGUCGCAGGAUAUCGAGGCGCAGGCUCGCUCCAGUGCUUCGGAGACAGUGAGCUCGGGGCCGCAUUCAGCCCGCAGCGGCACAUACAAUUUCCACCAGGCACUGCGCCAGACAAUGUCGACUGUGAACUCUGUUGAGUCAGAAGCAAGUGCUCGGCCUCAGAUGCACUCGUCGGAUACGCAGUCUACGAUUGAAAUGACAUUGCUCGAGCGCCCGAAGUGA